CGCCAAGGUAACAGUACCACUGUUGAUCUUAGCAGUUGAAGGAUAAAGAUGGAAACCGUUGACAAUGCUCCUUCAAACACGCCAACGCUGUCACCAGAGCGUGCAAACUCCACCUGCAACGCAUUGGCAGCUUCCACUGUGAUGCCGCUGAGGUUAACCGCCAUGGUUUUAACCAGCGGAGGGUCCGCUGACAAUGAAGAGGAGCAACUCCAUCAACAAGUGCAGGAGAGGAAGCACUUGUCUAUCAACGACUUGAUAGACGCUGCCGCUGCUACCGAGUGGUCGUCCGGGUCAAAUAACUAUACGCAUACUGAUUUUGAUGGUAUGUUUGACUCUUCCAAGGCUCACACGUCCAUGGAUACGACAAUGACACCGUUCGACAUGGAGAUCUAUAAGCAUUGCUAUGACGAGGGUGCCACGAGCGGUGGUAGGGGUGAUGUUUUAACCAAGGAUGAGGAGAGGAGAAUCUUCUUGCGUUCAACACCACCUAUGAUUGAGGACUCAAGUGAGUUCCAUAUGGAAUUCCCCGAACCCAGAAUAGAUUUCUUCUUGGAAGAGAUGGUAAAUAACUCGCCAUUCCAACCAUCUGACCCUCCGAACGACCGGGCCGAUGCGGUCAAUUCUGAUUUGAACUCUUUUGAACACCACUCUCUACCGCCUCUGAGCUCACUGAACGUCUUUGGACUUGAAAGAGGCACUCAGCGUGACCAUCAAGCUACCAUUAGAAGGCAAGCAGGUCUGGUGGACUUGCCAUUGAUGAGCUCGUCUCCAACACCACCUAACCCGUUUAAGACUCUGACCCCAAUAUUACCACCAAGUCCGCAUAGUUCGAGAAGGUUACGCAAGGGCAAAAUGGUGGAUUAUUCUCGUAAUUGUAAAGAAACUACAGCUUUCUCACCAGAAUGUUCAAAUGCACCGGCAAAGAAUUACAGAGCAGAUAAACAACAGCUACCACAUAAUUUCUAUCAAAGGAACCCUUCAGCGAUCAAAACACAGGCGCGCCAUCGACAGUUCAAAACUACCAUACUUGCACGCUCAAAGAAUGGAUGCUGGACUUGUCGUAUCCGCAAGAAGAAAUGCUCAGAGGAGAAACCAAGUUGUGCACAAUGCGUCAAAUUGGGGCUCACUUGUGAUGGAUAUAGCGUUGAAAAGCCAGUUUUCAUGGAUAAUCAAAAGAGCCAGAGGGAGAAACUUGAUGCCAUAAAGAAGAAGACAGCUUUAAAGAAGAAGAUAGGCAUCAAGAAAGUAAAACUGUGAUAUACCCUCAGAACUGCACUAUCACCACGUAUACAAUCAGAGCUUAUAUAAUACAUUGCUAUACAUAGAGAGCUACAGUUUUCUUUUGUCAGUGAUAAAAAA